AUGGCCAAAUCGGACCGGAACUCCAUUCGUGGUGAGAUCAAGAGAUCGUUCUCCCAGUUGAAUAAAGUCAUUACUGCUUCGUUGAGGUCCUUGCCGACAGAGACAGGGGACAGAACCUAUGUCACGGAGCCUUCAGCCACGACUGGAGUAUUGAAGGAUCUCGGCCACGUACACAUUAAGGAUGUGGAAACCCUGAUCGACGUGACCAAAAGCGCUGCCACCGGCGAGCCCGUCAAUGACAGAGAAUAUAUCAUGGAAAGAGUCAUUCAGCUUGCUGCAGAGUUGCCUUCUACGUCUCGUAACGGCAAAGCUUUGACGAACACUUUCUUAACCCAACUAUGGAAUGAUCUGAAGCAUCCACCGCUGUCCUACCUCGGGAGCGAGUUCGCUUACCGCCAAGCCGAUGGAUCUAAUAAUAACAUCAUGGCGCCUCAUAUUGGCCAAGCAGGAUCGUCGUACGCAAGAUCUGUGCGCCCCAAGACGAUGCUUCCAGGAGCUCUACCUGAACCGGAUGUUUUGUUUGACUGCCUUUUGGAACGGAAGAAGUUCAAGGAACACCCAAACAAGAUCUCAAGCAUUCUCUUCUAUAUAGCGUCGAUCAUCAUUCAUGAUAUUUUCCUCACGGAUCAUGAAGAUUACACUAGAUCGCUUACCUCUUCGUACCUUGACUUAUCGCCGCUAUAUGGCAAUAAUCAGGAAGAACAGAAUGCUGUCCGAACUUUCCGAGAUGGUAAACUCAAACCCGACUGUUUCUCUUCGAAACGGGUCCUAGGCUUCCCGCCUGGUGUUGGCGUGCUUCUCAUCAUGUUCAACCGCUUUCACAAUUAUGUUGUCGAAAACCUGGCCAAAAUCAACGAAAACGGACGCUUCACAAAGCCAGCCGAGUCAAACACGAAGGCCUAUGCAAAGUAUGACAACGAUCUCUUCCAGACUGGCCGACUGGUGACUUGCGGACUCUACGUCAAUAUCAUACUGAAAGAUUAUGUCCGCACAAUUCUGAAUAUCAACCGCACGGACAGCGUCUGGAGCUUGGACCCUCGCACUGAAAUGAAGAACAGCGCUUUUGGUGAAGCCCCGGCCGAGGCAACAGGCAAUCAAGUGUCUGCUGAAUUCAACCUUGUGUAUAGGUGGCAUUCUUGCAUUUCUCAACGCGAUACGAAAUGGACAGAAGAGGUAUACAACAAAAUAUUCCCAGGAAAAGACUCAGACCAAGUCAGCAUACAGGACUUUGUCCAAGGUCUUGGACACUGGGAAGCUAAGCUGCCCCAAGACCCUCAAGAAUACCCAUUUGCCGACCUGAAACGUGGAGGAGAUGGUUUGUUCAACGAUGAUGACUUAGUGAAGAUAUUUGCCGAGAGCGUUGAAGACGUUGCCGGCGCCUUCGGUGCAUCCCACGUGCCGACGGUCUUAAAGGCCGUCGAAGUUUUGGGCAUCAAGCAAGCUCGUUCAUGGAACUUGGCAACCCUCAAUGAGUUUAGGGACUAUUUCAAUCUUGCCCCAUACAAGACAUUCGAGGAGAUAAAUCCCGACCCGUAUAUUGCUGACCAGCUUCGCCGCCUCUACGACCACCCUGAUUAUGUCGAGAUCUACCCCGGUGUCAUAGUUGAAGACGCGAAGGAGCCUAUGGUAGGCAGUGGGCUUUGCACCAACUUCACGAUCUCCAGGGCAAUCCUGUCGGAUGCAGUUGCGUUAGUCAGAGGAGACCGAUUCUACACUAUUGACUACACGCCUAAGCAACUCACGAACUGGGCAUAUAAUGAAGUCAACUAUGAUACUUCUGUCGACGGGGGUCAAGUCUUCUACAAGCUUGUGUUGCGUGCUUUCCCUAACCAUUUUAAGGGAAAUUCCGUAUAUGCACACUUCCCGAUGGUCGUGCCGUCCGAAAACAAAAAGAUACUCACUGAUCUGGGCCUUGACCACAAGUACAGCUGGGAUAUACCUGCCAGAAUUCCCCAGCCGGAGUGGAUUUCGUCUCAUUCUGCCUGCACCACUAUCCUCGGUGAUAAGGAGAGAUUCAAAGUGACAUGGGGAGAAACAAUCGAAUUUCUGAUGAAUCGCGACGGUCAUCCUUACGGUAAAAACUUCAUGUUGUCUGGAGAUGGCCCUCCUAAUGCCUCUUCGCGCAAGAUGAUGGGAGCAGCACUGUAUCGCCAAAAAUGGGAGGCUGAAACUAAAGCUUUCUACAAAGACAUCACCCUGAAGCUACUGAAAGAGAAUUCUUACAAGCUUGCUGGCGUCAACCAGGUUGACAUUGUCCGUGACAUUGCGAAUCCUGCUCAAGUGCACUUCUGUGCAAGUGUCUUCUCCUUGCCCCUGAAAACAGAGUCGAACCCAAGGGGCAUAUUUGCAGAUUCGGAACUCUACAUGAUAAUGGCGGGGGUAUUUGCUUGCAUAUUCUACGAUGUGGAUCCAGCAAAAUCCUUCCUACUCCGUGAAUCCGCGCGCCAGGCCACUCAACAGCUUGGUCAACUGGUGAUGGCGAACGUUGAAAUCAUUAGUAAGAGUGGGCUCAUUGCAAGCCUGGUAGACUAUUUCCAUCGACAUGAUGUUCUAUCGGAUUAUGGUACCCACAUGAUCCAACGUCUGCUAGCAAGCGGGCUGCCGCCACAAGAGAUCGUAUGGACGCACAUCCUACCCACCGCAGGUGGUAUGGUUGCAAACCAGGCCCAGCUGUUCUCCCAAUGUCUUGACUAUUAUCUUUCGGACGAAGGCUCUGUUCAUUUGGCCGAGAUAAACAGGUUGGCGAAGGAAGAUACGCCGGAAGCUGAUGAUCUGCUGAUGAGAUACUUUAUGGAGGGCGCGCGGUUGCGAUGUUCAGUUGGAUUACCUCGUGAGGUGGCAAAGCCCUCUGUCAUAGAAGACGAGGGUAAGAAGCUGAACCUGAAACCGGGACAGAAGGUCAUAUGCAACCUUGUUGCUGCCUCCAUGGAUCCGUCUGUUUUCCCCGAGCCUGAGAAAGUCAGACUUGACCGCGACAUGGACGCAUACAUGCACUUUGGCUUUGGACCCCAUCAGUGCUUGGGUUAUGGAAUUUGCCGCCUUGCUCUUACCACUAUGCUGAAGGUCGUCGGCCGGCUUGACAACCUGCGUCGAGCCCCUGGGUCCCAGGGUCAUCUGAAGAGACUUGCAGCAGCAGGAGGGAUUUCCGAGUACAUGACUGCGGAUCAUAGCAGCUACUUCCCAUUCCCAACGACGAUGAAGAUUCAGUGGGACGGAGAGAUAGUGUAA